AUGUCUUUUGCACCGGCAGUCCGAGUCGCGAAGAGCGCUGCUCAGCGUUCGACCUCCCUCCUUCGCGCCAUUCAAUACCACCACCCGCCCAACUGCCCCUGUCACUCAAACCCGAACCAUCAUCAUCACUCGUCCGUGUUCAAGGAAGCCCGGCGACGACUGGCCACACCCAUCGACCACUCGCGGGAAAAGGAGUAUGCCUUCGAAAUGGCCGCCAGUUCCAUCCGAUUCGGCCCAGGCAGCACCAAAGAGGUGGGCAUGGACUUCAAGAAUAUGGGUGCCAAGAGAGUCUGCGUCGUGACCGACUCGAACGUUUCCAAACUCGAUGCGAUGAAGCAAGCGAUUGACGGAUUGACGAAGGAGGGCAUUGAAUUCACGGUCUACGACAAGUGCCGGGUUGAGCCCAAGGACAGUUCAGUCAAGGAUGCUAUUGCAUUCGCGAAGCCAUACAACCCGGAUGCCUUUCUGGCUGUAGGAGGAGGAUCUGUGAUUGACACGGCCAAGUUGAUGAACCUCUACACCUGUUUCCCCGAAGCGGAUUUUUUGGACUUUGUCAACGCUCCCCUCGGCAAAGGCUUGCCGGUUACAAAACCUCUGAGGCCCCUGGUGGCGGUGCCAACCACAGCAGGAACCGGCUCCGAGACUACAGGUACCGCUAUUUUCGACUUGGUCGAGAAGCGCGCGAAGACUGGCAUUGCCCACCGUAACCUGAAGCCCACUCUGGGCAUAUGCGACCCGCUUAACACUCGCACCAUGCCUUCGGCUGUCCACGCCUCGUCGGGAUUGGAUGUUUUGUGCCAUUCGCUCGAGUCCUGGACCGCAAUUCCCUAUAACGAGAGAACUCCACGACCGACCAACCCGAUCAACCGCCCCGCCUACCAGGGCGCAAACCCUAUCUCGGACAUCUUCUCCCUCAAAGCCCUACAGUCUACCGUGAAGUAUCUUCCUCGUGCGACCAAGGAUCCCGAGGAUUUCGAGGCUCAGAGUGAAAUGCUUCUGGCCGCCACUUUGGCUGGUGUCGGUUUCGGAAACGCAGGUGUUCACUUGUGCCACGGCAUGAGUUAUCCGAUCAGUGGACAGAACCCAGGUUACAAACAUGCUGGAUAUCAGGUUGAUACACCGAUUAUUCCCCACGGUGUCAGUGUCGCAGUCACUGCCCCGGCUGUGUUCAAGUUUACAGGCCCCAGCAACCCCGAGCGCCAUCUGGCGGCGGCAGAGGCCUUCGGCGUGGACAUUUCCAACGUCAAGCGAGAAAGCGCAGGUGAAGUUCUCAGUGAAGCGCUGGCCAAGUUUCUGAUCAACCUGGGUGAUCAACCACGAGGCUUGAAGCCAUUGGGAUUCACCAAGGACAGCAUUGAUGAUUUGGUGGAAGGCACCCUGCCUCAGAAGCGAGUGCUCAUGCUGGCACCGAACUUAAGCGAAGAGUUGAAUGAGGAGCGACAACAGCUCCGGUCGUUGUUUGAAGAGGCAUUGGAGUACUAA